GCCGGUGUGAUAUUUGAUACUCAUCAAUAAUCAUAUUGUCAUGUGCAUUAAAAAUUAAUGUCCCAUAACACUUUUUAUAAGCUUGAAUAAUAUAAUUAGCUUCUAAAUUCCGAGGUGUAAGUGCUAGCAGUUAGAAAACUAUAUGGCUCCUAGCUUUUUAAUUUUAUCUCUGCUACUUAGCAUACAACUAUCAUCACUAAUUGUAGCACUGACUGAUGACUCAGAGAUCUGUAAUGUAUACAGUGCUGCCUAUGGAACUCCAAUUGACAUUCAUAUAACAUGCUCUAUCUACCAUGAUGAUUCGUUUUCCUGCCUGAAUAAUAUUUUCAUUCAUGAAUGGAAGGCAACGACAUGUGAUGGUGAAAGAUAUCAUUCUCGAUGCCAACCACUCAAUUGUCAUGGUUUUGUUGGAAUGAACCUCACGUAUGAGUGCUCUUUUGAAGGAGCUCGGCUAUACAGGUACAAGAAUGGCGAGUACCAGUAUUUGAAUGGGUCCUCGGUUAACUAUACGGUCUACUAUUGCCAGAACAUGCUGGGCUGUACGAGUGUCGCAACGGUACAACUGGUGCAGUACAUUCUCAGAACAUCACUGUUAAUGAAGAAAUUCGUAUUGGUUCAACCAACUGUGAAGAAUUUUCACCGUGCAUUCAGCAGAAUAUGUGCUGCUCUAUUGGUGGCUCUUUGACUGCCUCAGAAUCUUAUGACUUUGCUGUGUAUGCAAACCCAGCAGACAAUGUGUCAGUGACUAUUGAGCAAAUUGAAUGGUUGGCAGAUAACGAGGCUCGGAGUGUUGUUGAUCUUGGACAGUACACACAGCAAAACAAAACUAAUCCUACGAUAUGGAAAGCUGGUUUCCAUUAUAUGCCAUAUAAAGUGACAAACAAGGAUUCGGACAUUCUAAUCUUGAUUACUGCCAGGACAGACAACUACUCUUAUUCUGUUUUGGUUACACUACGUCUUUCGGCUAUAAAAACAGAUUUCAAAAUUGAAAAUACAAGUCUACCUCUGAAUACUACAGUGUCUGCAGGGCAAGAUGCAAUCUUUCAAUGUACAUACACUUAUGCUAGCAUUCAAGAUGCUAGCGAUUUUCUGAUCAAAAUUGAUUAUCCAAUAUCAGCUGUUUUUGGAAAUACGACAACAAUUGAGACCUGCUCUAUGUACUUUUUUUAUCAACACCAUACAACUACACCAGUGAUAAUUGUACAAUGCCUCCUGUGAAGAAAGUAGUCACUGUGAGUAACAGUAUAUCAUCUGUUGUGGAGUACACACUUCGUAUACCAAAAGUGACUGCUGAUCUCUCUGAAAGUAUUGUAUCCUGCUCAGUUGUUGAGUUCUUCAAUUCCCAUCGUAUUCAAUGGAGGACGUCUGCCCACCUAACUGUAAUCGACCCAGUAACUGAAGUAUCCACAUCUGGUUCAGAGUUUGCAGCUUUUGUAGUAAUUAUUUUACCAGUCAUUGUUGUUAUUGUUUUUCUAGUACGAAAGUAUAGACAAAGAUGUGUCCUCAAUCAGAAUGGAGAUUCAUUUCGAUAUACUCACUUACAUGAAUCACAGUCCACACUCGGUGACACAGAGCCAGAUGGAACAUUGUGUGUCCAGAUAUAUGAAAUUAAUGAUGUGCAAAGAAAUAGACUUGUGCUGGGAGAACAAGUACCCGGAAAUGGCGUAAACAACAAUGGUUGGACAGGAGUGCUCAAAGACUAAUUAUUGGUUUUACUGAUGGCAGCCGAACUAUAUAUAAACUUUUUUACGCUUGUUAUGAUAUUUUUCCCACCUUAAAUAACGUAAUAUUGUAUAUAUAUAUUUAUGUCAGAGCUUUGCUUCGUAACAAGGACCAUGGCAUGUACACGUCAUGCAGACUCCUCUAGAUCAAAUUAUGCAGUUAAAAAGCUUCACAUAUCAUUAAUACCCAGGCUGAUUGAUGAUCAAAUUGACAGUUGCAUGUAGUGUACAGUGAAGCUGCACCCAGUCUAUCUAGACAGCAGGACGGUGGCCAUGGAUGUGACAGUGUAGGAUGCGUUCAACGUGUGGGACAGUGGUGCCAGUGUCAAUCGCUCCCUUUUCUCUCACAGCCAUGAGAGACACAUCUUCCUCUUUGAGAAGGUCAUCAUCUUUAGUAAAAAGAUUGAAGCCUUUGAGGAGAAAAAGAGUCAGGAAAUCAGAAGUAGGAAUCUGCUAAGGAGUGUGUAACAACUCACCUGCCGAAUCAACUAGCCAUGAAAAUGGGAUGGCGCUGAAGCGUUGUACCCGGUACCCAUACCCAGCUGUCAGGUCAAGUGGCAUGACCUGAAGUGUAGGGGGGCGUGGUGGUGGCCGUGCAGCCUCUGGCGUAUAUUUAGAGAGUUAGCAAUUAGUGAGUAGUUGUAUUUAAUUAAGACUGUGCUGUAAGUCAACAAUUUAUUCAAGCUUAUAUACUCUGUGUAGUUUCUUAGCCGUUGAAAUACUACUCAAAGCACUAAACAAAUAGUGAUUUUAGCACUGCAGAGGUCAGGAUGCAUAACGAUGUAGAUAUCUAUGUAGCCUUUCACUAAGCCAAACUGUGCUAUAUCUAUAUAGACGUGCAAAGAAUAUUUUCUCUCCAAUAGAUUACCUCAUUGUACCCUCUGUUCUUAACAUGCACCACAACAAAUCCACAAAAUCUAUACCUUAUGUUGCCAUUGUUGGUGAGCACCAUUUCUUAGAUUUUUAUUGGUAUUGAAAUAGAACAUUUGUAUUGUGUUCCAAGCAAUUACCCCCUAUAUAUAUAUAACCCUUACAAUUAUGGAGAUCUUUAAGAGUGCCUCGGAGAGCAGUCAUAUAAUAUGCACCUUAUAUAGGAGUUAGCAAUAUAAAACAUCAGUCGACUGACAUCUAACUGGUGAGGACUCCUUCUUCAAGUGCUGAUGUCACACCUUUGCAUUCAAUAAACAGGUGGCCACAUUUUGAAGUGAGAGAUAUUCCACUAUAUGAACUGUUUGUGUUAGGAGCUAUAGAGCCCAAGUAAUGUAUGUGCAUGCGCUUGCUAUAAUCAAAAAUUGGACUGUUCAAGUGAUUGUACAUUAUACACUCGAUCGAUAUAAUUGUAGAUCUAUAAUUAUAGGAACCCUUUAAUAGAAUGCUGCCAUAUACCUGCACAGUGAACGAAUUAAAUGCGGGCAUUGCCUGCUGAGACGACUUGAUAGUUGUAGCUACUGAGAUACUGAUCAUGUGACUGUCAUGUACAUCAAAACUUAAUGCCCCAGAACAUUUUUACUUAACCUUUCAUACUGUUUUGGCUUGUAAAUUUCGAGGUGUAUAGUGCUAGCAGUAUAGAAUUAUGACUCUUAGCGUUUUAAUUUUAUCUCUGCUACUUUGCAUACAACUAUCAUCACUAGUUGUAGCACUGACUGCUGACUCAGAGAUCUGUAAUGUAUACAGUGCUGCCUAUGGAAGUCCAAUUGACAUUCAUAUAACAUGCUCUAUCUACCAUGAUGAUUUGUUUUCCUGCCCGAACAAUACUUUCUACCAUAAAUGGAAGGCAACGACAUGUGAUCAAAGGUAUCAUUCUCAAUGCCAACCACUCAAUUGCCAUGGUUUUGUUGGAAUGAACCUCACGUACGAGUGCUCUUUUGAAGGAGCUCGGCUAUACAGGUACAAGAAUGGCGAGUACCAGUAUUUGAAUGGGUCCUCGGUUAACUACGGUCUACUAUUGCCAGAACAUGCUGGGCUGUACGAGUGUCAUGACGGUACAACUGGUGCAGUACAUGUUCAGAACAUCGCUGUUAAUGAAGAAAUUCGUAUUGGUUCAACCAACUGUGAAAUAUUUUACCCGUGCAAUCAGCAGAAUAUGUGCUGCUCUAAUGGUGGCUUUUUAACUGCCUCAGAAUCUUAUAACUUUGCUGUGUAUGCAAACCCAGCAGACAAUGUGUCAGUGACUAUUGAACAAAUUGAAUGGUUGGCAGAUAACGAGGCUCGGAGUGAUGUUGAUCUUGGACAGUACACACAGCAAAACAAAACUAAUCCUACGAUAUGGAAAGCUGGUUUCCGUUAUAUGCCAUAUAAAGUGACAAACGAGGAUUCGAACAUCAGAAUUUUGAUUAUUGCCAGCACAGCCAACUACUCUUAUUCUGUUUCGGUUAUACUACAUCUUUCGGCUAUAAAAACAGAUUUCAAAAUUGAAAAUACAAGUCUACCUCUGAAUACAACAGUGUCUGCAGGGCAAGAUGCAAUCUUUCAAUGUACAUACACUUAUGCUAGCAUUCAAGAUGCUAGUUAUUUUCUGAUCAAAAUUGAUUAUCCAAUAUCAGCUGUUUUUGGAAAUACGACAACAAUUGAGACCUGCUCUAUAUACCUUUCUUUACCAAAACCAUACAACUACAACUACACCAGUGGUGAUAAUUGUACAAUGCCUCCUGUGAAGAAAGCAGUCAUUGAGAGUAACAGCAUAUCAUCUGUUGUGGAGUACACACUUCGUAUACCAAAAGUGACUGCUGAUCUCUCUGGAAGUAUUGUAUCCUGCUCAGUUGUUGAGUUCCUUAACAACGAUCGUCUUCAAUGGAGGACGUCUGCCCAUCUAACUGGGAUCGAUGCAGUAAUAUUAACUGCUGAACUAUCCACAUCUGCUAUUGUGGUAGUAAUAUUACCAGUUAUUAUUGUGAUGGUUUAUCUAAUACGAAAGUGUAGACAAAGAAUCAAUCAGAACAGAUAUUCAUUUCGACAUACUCGCUUGUAUGAAUCUCAGUCCACACUCUGUGACAUAGAGUCAGAUGGAGCAUUGUGUGUUCAGAUAUCUGAAAUUAAUGGUGUGCAAAGAAAUGGACUUAUGGUGGGAGAACAAGUACCUGGAAAUGAAGUAAAAAACAAUGGUCAGACUGGAGUGUAUUCUCAAAGACUAGUUGAUGGUAGACCAAGUUCACCUUAUCAAAGAGACGAGCCACCUGAUCGUACUUUAGAGUUGUACGAUCUUUCUGAGCUCACAGAAUUUGUCGUCUACAUCAGCUACACUGAUGCGACCAGUGAAUGGGUGAGAAAUGAACUAAAACCACUCAUCGAAUUGUUACAUCCUGUUAUUCGUGUGAACAUUCAUGAAGACAGUAUGAUACCAGGAUUUUCCGUAUCUGGAGAGCGACACAGACUAAUACUGGGGGCAGAUAAGAUUGUGAUUGUCGUCUCUAGUGACUAUGCAAGUUCUGAGUGGUGUGUAUACGAACUGGAGCAUGCAAUUCAUCAGAAACCAGCAUUGUGUAAUGGCAGGGUCAUCCCCAUAUUAACUGAGAUUAGUAACCCUUUGCCGCAAAUCAUCCACGGAGUCGUGUGUCUGUGCAGUGAUGAGGAUAAUUUCAAAUCAAGAUUACAUCAAGCUAUUUUCAAGAAGCCAAACUCUAUGAACUCUUUUUCGCUACACUAUAACUAAUAACCUGCUAAUAUUUUUUCAACCCUUUUUAUGCCAAUUUCUACUAAACAUGACAUAAUUAUUGUAGA